GGCCACCCAGAAGGGGGAGGCAGGAGCAGCCUGAGUCACCCCAGACGGUGCCCCGUCCACGCCCCUCCGGGCUGCGCGGCCGGGAGCCUUCGGGGAGCUAUGCUGAGGUCCGGUGGUGCGCAGAAAGCCGCGCAGCACGCCCCUCGGCGCGCCCGCGCCCCGACCCCCGCGCCCGCGCCCCGAUCUGCCGCCCCCGACGUCUCCCCGGCUCCGGCCCGCCUUGGUCUUGCCUGCUUUUUGCUGCUGCUGCUGCUGACUCUGCCAGCCCGCGUAGACUCGUCCUGGUGGUACAUUGGCGCACUGGGAGCCCGAGUGAUCUGUGACAACAUCCCUGGUUUGGUGAGCCGGCAGCGGCAGCUGUGUCAGCGUUACCCAGACAUCAUGCGCUCUGUGGGUGAAGGUGCCCGAGAAUGGAUCCGAGAGUGUCAGCAUCAGUUCCGCCAUCACCGAUGGAACUGCACCACGCUGGACAGGGACCACACUGUCUUUGGUCGUGUCAUGCUCAGAAGUAGCCGAGAGGCAGCCUUUGUAUAUGCCAUCUCAUCAGCAGGAGUGGUUCACGCCAUCACGCGUGCUUGCAGCCAGGGAGAACUGAGUGUGUGCAGCUGUGACCCAUAUACCCGUGGUCGACAUCAUGAUCAGCGUGGGGAUUUUGACUGGGGAGGCUGCAGUGACAACAUCCACUAUGGUGUCCGCUUUGCCAAGGCCUUUGUGGAUGCCAAGGAGAAGAGGCUAAAAGAUGCCCGUGCCCUCAUGAACUUACAUAACAACCGCUGUGGUCGCACGGCUGUGCGGCGAUUUCUGAAACUGGAGUGUAAGUGCCAUGGUGUGAGUGGCUCCUGUACUCUGCGCACCUGUUGGCGUGCACUCUCAGAUUUCCGUCGUACAGGUGACUACCUGCGGCGGCGCUAUGAUGGGGCUGUGCAGGUGACAGCCACGCAGGAUGGUGCCAACUUCACAGCAGCUCGCCAAGGCUAUCGCCGUGCUACGCGGACUGAUCUUGUCUACUUUGACAACUCCCCAGACUACUGUGUCUUAGACAAGGCUGCAGGUUCCUUAGGCACCGCAGGCCGAGUCUGCAGCAAGACAUCUAAAGGAACAGAUGGUUGUGAAAUCAUGUGCUGCGGUCGAGGUUAUGAUACAACUCGAGUCACCCGUGUCACCCAGUGUGAGUGCAAAUUCCACUGGUGCUGUGCUGUGCGGUGCAAGGAGUGCAGAAAUAUUGUGGACAUCCAUACUUGCAAGGCCCCCAAGAAAGCAGAGUGGCUGGACCAGACCUGAACACCUAAGAUACCUCACUCAUCCCCUCCACUUCAAGCCUCCCAACUCAAAAGCACAAGAUCCUUGCAUGCACACCUUUCUCCACCUGCAACCCUGGGCUGCUACAGCUUCUAUUUAAGGACAUGGAGAAUAAUGCAGAGGGACCAUGUGUCCUGGUUGGUUCCUUAGCCCUGGGAAGGAGUUGAUAGAGGAUAUAAAGAAACUGAGUGGGUUUCCUGACUUCCCCUCUGGAGGUUUGAAGAGAGAGUAGAAGAGGUAGAGAGUCUUCAGAGUGACUCAAGUUGCACUAA